CAAAAAAUAAGAAAAAAGGUUUAAGCUUUCAGUGUGUCCGAGUCUGUGUUUGAUACCCUUAUCUUGUUUGGUGCGAAAAGACCAAAGCUUUUUGAAGAACCAAAGUCCAAAAACACAGAAGCAUGGCAACAACGUCAAUGGCGGGUGUUUCUGUUUCUGGGUUCCACAAUCACCAUUUUGCUUCUUCCAACUCAAACGCCGCCACAAUUUCUUCUUGGAAGCCUGUGGUGGCUGUUCUCAGCAACAAGAACAAGAUGAGGGUCCCUUUUGAGCUGAAGCAGGGGCAGUCUCGUAUCUUCCACGAGCUUCCCUCUGGGCUAAGCAUGGAGGUGAUUGUGCAGAAGAAGAAGAAGAAGAAUGUUGAAGGAGAAGAAGAGAAAAAGUCACCUUUGGUUUUUGUUCAUGGAAGCUACCAUGCUGCUUGGUGCUGGGCUGAACAUUGGUUACCUUUCUUUUCAGCUUCUGGCUUUGAUUGCUAUGCUCUUAGCCUCUUAGCACAGGGUGAAAGUGAUGUACCCGAUGGUUCGGUCGCUGGUACGCUCGAGACACAUGCAAGAGAUAUUGCAGAUUUCGUUCAUCAUAAAGUUCAGUCACCACCUAUCUUGGUUGGACAUUCAUUUGGAGGACUUAUCAUUCAAUAUUAUAUCUCCUCUUUGGGAAGCAACAACCUUGAAGAAAAUACAUAUCCAAAGCUUAGAGGAGCUAUCCUUGUCUGCUCUGUGCCUCCUUCUGGUAACAGUGGUCUUGUCUGGCGAUAUCUCUUUACCAAGCCAAUUGCUGCCUUCAAGGUGACACGCAGCUUGGCAGCGAAAGCUUUUCAAACCUCUCUUCCUCUGUGUAGAGAGACAUUUUUCUCAGCCACAAUGGAGGAUCAUAUUGUUAAAAGAUAUCAAGAGCUAAUGAAAGAAAGUUCGAGAUUGCCAUUGUUUGAUUUAAGAAAGCUGAAUGCAUCACUUCCGGUUCCUUCGGCGCCAAACUGCCCUGUCGAUGUCCUUGUUUUGGGUGCGAAAGAUGACUUCAUUGUGGACGCCGAAGGACUCAAUGAGACGGCGAAGUUUUACAGUGUGCCGCCGGUUUGUGUUGAUGCCGUUGCGCAUGACAUGAUGUUGGACGUUUCAUGGGAAAAAGGAGCAAAAGUUAUUCUGUCAUGGAUUAAUGGUUUGGACAAGUGAGACUUUGAGACAGAGGACAUGUUUUUGGUUCUUCUAUUCUUUAGCUUUAAGUAGUUGUAAAAUGAACAAAGUUGAAGGUGCUCCAAAUCUUCAACUUUAAGGCAAUAUGAAAGGUUUCAACCAGGAUUUUCAUUGAGCUGGAAUCAUUCAAAAUAAUAUAUAUUGGCAAUUUUCUGGCAUAGAAAA